CCGCAGGUACCAUGAAGUCGCUCCGCUUCGUUUCUGCAGAAGCCCUGGCGUCCCACCCCAGGGUGGCCCGGCAGAGCCUGGACAGCGUGGCCCACAACCUCUACCCGCUCUUGUUCAAAGCCAGCUACCUGCUGGAGCAGGCAGAGGUGACCCGCGCCGUCCUGGGGAGCUGGCCCACGGAGGAGUUCCGCCUGGGCGCGCUGCUGGGUCCCAGCUCAGACCAUCCUGUGGAUCUGUGCGACCGGGCCUGCAAAGCAUGCCUGGAGGCCCUUGUGUGCGGCCUGGCGGACCACGUGCAGCUGGGCGGGAGCCACCCGCGGCUGCGGGGGGCCGACCUCACAGGCAUCCGAGACGUGCAGGUGCAGCAGUGCCCGUGCGGGAGGGCGCUGGGCAGGUGGGGCCGCACCCAGCUGCUGGCCAGGACCUGCUCCAAGCUUCAGGCAGAGCGCCUCGCGGCUGGGCACCCCAUGGAGGUCCUCGCCGACCUCUUCGUCACCGAGGGCAACUUCGCGGUGGUGAUGCAGGCCCUGGAGCCAGUGGGCCGGGCUCCCCUGCAGCUGCGCUGCCUCGCAUUCCGGGCAGACAGCCUGAGCCCCGGCCAGCUCCUGCGCGUGCUGCGUCUGGCAGGGCCGGGCACGCUGCGCAGGCUUGAGGUGGUGCACAACGUGAGGCUGCAUGCCGGCCACGUGCUGCAGCUGCUGGCCCAGGUGGGCUUCCCCCGGCUGGUGGCGCUCACGCUGCCCACCAGGGCCUUCGAUGCACCCCCCGCCUGUGCCCCGACGCCCAAUGGUGAGGACCCCCUUCUUGCCGCCAUCGCCCAGGAGCUCAGCCAGAUGACCCAGCUCACCGAGCUGAGUGUGGCCUUCUCCAUGCUGACAGGGAAGAUUCAGACACUGCUUGGCCCCCUGAGGACCCCACUGCGUGCGCUGGACCUGGCCAACUGUGCUCUGAACCACGCAGACAUGGCCUUCUUGGCAGACUGCAUCCACGCCGCCCACCUGGAGGUGCUGGACCUCAGUGGACACGACCUGUUCAGCCUGUACCCCUCGACCUUCUCCAGGCUGCUGGGCCAGACUGCCCAGACGCUGCGGGUCCUGACCCUGGAGGAGUGCGGCAUCGCCGACAGCCACGUCGGCAUGGCCAUCCUGGGCCUGGGCCGCUGCCGGCGGCUGCGCGCCCUCAAGCUCCUGGGGAACCCGCUGUCUGCCCGCGCCCUCCGGCGCCUCUUCGCCUCGCUCUGUGAGCUCCCCGAGCUGCGGAGCGUUGAGUUCCCGGUGCCCAGGGACUGCUACCCCGAGGGCGCCGCCUACCCGCAGGACGAGCUGGCCGCGUCCAAGUUCGACCAGCAGAAGUACGACGCGAUCGCGGAGGAGCUGCGCGCGGGGCUGCGGCGGGCCGGCCGCGAGGACAUCCGGCUCUCCACGCCCCUCUUCGGGAGUUUCGACCCCGACGUGCGGGAGACGAGCGCCGAGCUGGGCGCCUUCCUGCUGCAGGCUUUCAAAACGGCGCUGGAGAACUUCUCCAGGGCGCUCACCCCGGCGGAGUAG